UCACCAUCCUCCUUCAUGUGAAUGAAGUAGAAGGCCUCCAAGUAAAGAAAGAUGGCAAAUGGGUCCCGGUUAAGCCUCUCCAAAACGCCUUCAUUGUCAAUGUCGGAGACAGUUUAGAGAUUGUGACAAAUGGAGCUUAUCGAAGCAUCGAGCAUCGUGUAACAGUUAACUCUGUAAUGGAAAGGCUCACUAUUGGCACGUUUUACAAUUCAAAAUAUGAUGGGGAAAUAGGGCCAGCAAGAAGCUUGAUCUCUCAGGAGAAACCAGCAUUGUUCAGGAGAAUCACCUAUGAAGAAUACAGGAGGGUAAAGAUUGCUAGCAAGCUUAAUGGAAAAUCUCACCUUGAUACCUUUAGAUUGUAAAAUGGUUAAUUGGACUCAGGCCAAUGAAUGAUGUAGUCAUGUUUCAUGCAGCAGUGUUAUUUGAGUAAUAAGAAACAUUGAGUCAUACCACUAUAUAAUCAUCAAACAUUGAAGGAUAGUGUAUAGACUUUUUCGUUAUUU